ACUAUCCUUGUCGAAUCACCGACGUAUACAUAUACACGCAUAUACGAAAUCGAAUUUUAAAAUCUAGAGGAACGUUGUUAGCGGUGAACGGAAAUUCAUAGAUGGUAGACGAUUGUCGUUUACGUUGAUGUGGUUGCGUCAAACGAGUGUGCAGUUUAUCGGUGAAGAAGCUGGUGGUUGUUUUGAGACUGAAGUGUUACUCGAUUAGAAUGGUUGCAAGUGUCGCGCGCAUAGCUGGCAACCCGUACAGUGUUGUGCCAAAAUAAAUCGACGGUAGCUGUUCCUUGGGAACUGCCAGUGGACGAAUGUACUUCACUAUUUGGAUCUGUUUGCUAGCGGCGGGACGAGCUAUGUGGAAUUGCGAUUGCCCGCUCUUUUGUCUCUAUAAAGACUAUGGGUGUCAUAGCCCUCUGAUGUGCAUUCCGGUAUUUUAAAAGCUAUUGGUUCUGUUGAACGAAAGUGUUUUGCUAGGCUAUCAUCAUACGUAUCUUCUGGAUUUUGUUAUCUUCAUCCUUUGAAAUUACAUCUAAAAACAAGAAUACGACAGCACACGAUUCACCGUGGUGUUUUCAACAAUCUCUAUCCGCCCUGACGUGAUUCGCCCGGUUUGCCCGCCACAGGACGGGUUAUGUUUCCCACUUUCAUCGGAAUCCUAGACAUUCAAUCGUGGUGGGAGGUGCCAAGUAUAGCACACUUCUGCUCAUUAUUUAGGGCUGCCUUCAAUCUUCUGGACUUUGAUAUUGAGGACUUAGAAGAAGCUUUAUUAACGGAUGGUGGAACUGAGGGACGUUUAGUACAGGAGUUAAUAGUCAGGUUACUUGAAGGUUGUUUACCAAAUGAUACUCGCAAUGACAUCUCUACCUUUAACUAUCAGAUGUUUCUUCGUAGACUUUUUCGAAAGAAAUGUCAGGAAUAUAAAUGUGAGAAUCCUUUUAACACAGAUGUAGAUUUUGAAUUAUUACCACUUCGUCAAAAAGUAGAAAUUCUACGUGCUCUCUGUGACUUCAGGCUUGACGCCGAAGACGUGGAGCAAUCGUUAAAUAAUUUGGACUCGGAUAGUCUGCGAGUCGAACCUUUAGGACAUGAUCGUAAGAAUUCUGCCUAUUGGUACUUUUACGGCACUCGAUUAUAUAGGGAGGACUAUAUUGAUACUUCUAACAGCAUCUCACGCAAACAGAAAAGUAAACCUAGGGAUAAAAAGCGUAAAAGACGACGAAACAGAGUGGCGAAGGAGGAAGAGGAAGAGGAGGAGAAGAAGGAAGACAGUUUAAUACACGGGGAACGAAAAGAAAGUGUUUGGCAGGUUGUCUGCUUUACUCAGCAGGAUUGGAGUCGUCUAGUUGAAAAAUUUCGUGAUUCGGAGUACGAUACCGAACGUAAACUUUACCGUACUCUAUCCGAGGACUUUAUGCCCGAAAUACCAAAACUUUUUGAUUUAAAAGAGAAACAACAAAGACGCAAAUUGUUACAACGUAAUAGUUCGCGUGUACUUCGAAGUCACGAACCCACGACACAGAUGGAAACAGUCAUGGUUAGAUCGAAGAUUAAAACUAAAACAAAUAAAGGGAGUAAAAAGGGGACUCAGAAUUCAAAGAAUGUUUAUGUUAAAGAGGAAACACCUCCACCCUUGCCUUCACCGCCAGUUCAAAAGAAAGGACGGCAAACUAAUAAUUCGUUGGCUUCAGCUGUUGGACAGAUUGUAAUUCAUACUAGGGAUGAAGUGGAAGGGUUAGAAAAAAAGAAAGGCAUUGGAAGUAAUAGCGAUGGACAUUAUGUAUCUUCAAAUUAUGGAUAUAAAUAUGGUUACUCCUUUGGAAUUGAAGAAGAAGAACGUCGUGUUGGAAUGCAUAAAGUUCUUGAAAGUCUUAAAGACCAUGUGGAUGCCUGGCCAUUCAUUGACCCUGUGGAUGAAGAAUAUGCCCCAAGAUAUUAUAGCGUCGUUCGAAAACCCAUGGAUCUUAGUACAAUGGAAGAAAAGCUUGAAAAUGGCUUAUAUAAAAAUUUAAGUGAAUUCAAACGUGAUUUUCGACUCAUAGUAGAUAACUGUAGACAAUAUAAUGGUUCUGAUAAUGAAUACACGGAAAUGGCAUUUAAUCUUAAAGAAGCCUUUAAUAAAGCAGUAAAUCGUUAUUUGGAAUCAGAAACAUCUAGCGAUGAGGAUCCUUCAUCACCAAAAUCAUUUCUUGCUACACCUGCAUCUCCAUCAUGUCCUCGCAUUUCAUCGCCUCAUCAAAAUAGAAAACGUCCGAAAAAAUCUAAAUCAUAUAAAUCUGAAAGUAAAGGAAAAUCUAAAACAAAUGAUAAGAACGAUGAAGAAGAAAAACGUGGAAAAAAUUAUAAACUACCGAAGAGAAAGAGGGGUAAGAAAAAAAGUAAAAGAGUAAAAGAUGAAGAAUCUGCAAAUGAAGAAGAACAGGAAGAGCAAGAGAGUGAAGAUGCAAUGUCUGAAUCGAGUAUUAUAACAUCGAAAAGAAGAAAACAUGUUGAUGGGAAUAAUUUAUUAUUAAAAACCAAAAAGCUGACAUCCAAAGAAUCAGAAGAGUUUAAGAAGAUAGAUAAAAAGAUUAAUAAGGAACGUCAUCAACAGAAAAAGGAGAUGGAAAAUGUGCGGCCGAUAAAAGAAUCGAAAGAAAAUAAGAAGAGAAAAGAGGACUUCGAGGAAGAUUACGAACCCCUAGUCGUCGCAAAAAGUAAAAGGAAAAUUGAAAAGAAGGAACUUGAGGAAACCGAAAUAUUUACAGAUAAUGCAAAGAAGAAUAAAGUGAAGAAAAUUGAAUCUCACGAAGCCGAGACAGUAGUAGAGAACAAAGAAAAGAUUCAGCAUAUUAAAGUUAAAAAAAAUCGGAAAAAGGAAAAGGUUGGGUUGAAAAUAAUAAAAUCUGACGAGAAGUCUGAGAAAGGCCGUGCUAAGGAUAAAGAGAAAAAAUCAAAACAGAAAAUCGAUGAACUUAAAAACGGAGAAAUAUCAAGUGAAAUAGAUUCCAAAGAUUUAAAUCUAGAAAGUGAUAUAGAUUCGAAGGAAACGCAUACGUCUAAGAAAAUUCCUGCAUUUAUAGAUGAUAAAGAUAUAGAAUCAUUGGAUGGUUUAAAGGAUAAAAUAAGCGAGAGGCGACGAGACGAGAAAUUAAAAAAUGAGAAAGACAAACAAAAGAAAACAAGAAAGAGCGACCUUCAUAAUAUGUAUUCAAAAAAAGUGCCUUCAAAUGGUAGUACCUUUCAUGACAGCGAUAAAGCUAACGCAAAACGACCAAAGUUAAAAAAAGGAAUAAAAGAAGAAAAAGUUCCUACCACGGAAGAUUCUGACAGAACUGAAGAUCAAGAAGUUAUUGAGACUAAAAAAAUAAAAGUAUCCCAGUCGAAGCAUACCAAAGGAUUUGGAAAAGAAGAAAGUUCUAUACAAGCACUAAAUCAAGCAACAGAGCAAACACUACAUGACAUCAAUAAAUGGUUAGAUGACGCACCAAGACUCUCUGAAUUUUCUUCAGGAAGUGAUUCGCCAAUAUUUCAUUCUUCAUCCGUUGAAUCUGGCCGUUCAAGCUUAAAAGUAGAAGCACCAAGGAAACGACCAAGUUCUAUUAAAAUUUUUGGUCCUCAUGGACCUAGCAGACCAAAAAAGAUUCAACGUACAAUAGAUCGUUUACAACCUGGAAAAAGUAAGGGAAAUUUGCUUCUAAAGAAACCAUUGAAUUUAUCUAAUAUUAAUACCACUGAGACGAUGGUGCAACUGACCAGUGACAAUGAUCAAACGAACAAAAAUACGGACGAAGAACCAAAACUUAGUUUAGGAACUGUUUUGAAAAAUGUAGAUUCCAUACAGUUAAUUUGUAAAAGUUUAGUUUCCUCGCCCAAUCCUAAUUUUUCGAAUGAUGAUGAAGAGGAAGACCACAACACUCUUCCUGCAAUCCCGAUUUCUAGUCUUAAAGAAGAAAAAACAUCCGAGGUAACAACGACACAAAUACCUGCGAUUGUAGAAGAAUCUAAAGAUAAUCAGUGUAGCACAAAGGAUACUCAGAAGCCUAAAACUGUGACACCAAAUUUAAGUGCUUGGUUCAAAGCGUUUGGAGCGCCAAAGUCGAAAAAGAAAGAUGAAGAAUCGGAGGAUGGUACAACUAAAAAGGAUGGUGAAUUGCAGGAAGUGUUUUGUGGUAGACAAAGAAGAAUGAGUACUGGUGGUAGUAGUGUAAGUGAAUCUGUUUCGAGUUUCUCUCAAGAAUCACCACCUGGGCGCUCGGGUCGAUCUCCACAAGGACAACCUAUAAUGGCCUCAGUUGAACCACAAAUUAGAGGAGCUGGGUUUUAUCAGGAUGCUUUAUCGACGGGAAGUAGCCCUUACAAUAGUCCAUAUUAUGCGACGCCUCCAAGAUACAGUGCUCAAUUACCUCCCACUCCAUCACCACAAAAUCAUCCUUUGUCUCCAGCUUAUCCAUCAUCAUCAUAUGAACAGGCGCCUCUUUAUUCUCAAAUAACGACCUCACAAACACAUCAAACAUUUCAAAAAUCACCGCAGGAAAAUUCUGGGGAGAUGUAUCAUCAAUUGUCACCUACAUUUCCCCAACAAUCGCCACAGACAAAUUUUUCUCAAAAUUCAACACAAAAUGAAUCAUACAAUCAACAAUUGCAACCUUCUAAUCAGAGUCAAUCCCCGGUUUAUUCACAGCAUUCACCGCAAUCCAUACAACAGGUAUACCCUCAACCUUCGCCCCAGCCACCAUCAACGAAUUACUCGCAACCAUCUCCUCAACAACCUCCAACUCCAAAAUAUUCACAACUUUCUCCGCAACAAAACGCUGCCAAUUAUUCCCAGCCAUCUCCCCAAGCUACUAAUUAUUCACAAUCUUCACCUCAGCAGCCACAUUCACCUUUUUCUCAGGCCUCUCCUCAAGCACCGCCGACUUAUUCUCAACCGUCUCCACAACAGCAACAUUCUCCAUAUGCACAAUCACCACAACAGUCGUCUGGAUAUUCCCAGUUAUCUCCUCAACCGCCAUCAAAUUAUUCUCAACCAUCACCUCAACCACCUUCUAAUUAUUCUCAACCAUCACCUCAACCACCUUCUAAUUAUUCUCAACCAUCACCACAACCACCUUCCAAUUAUUCUCAACCAUCGCCUCAACCACCUUCUAAUUAUUCUCAACCAUCACCUCAACCACCUUCUAAUUAUUCUCAACCAUCACCUCAACCACCUUCCAAUUAUUCUCAACCAUCACCUCAACCACCUUCCAAUUAUUCUCAACCAUCACCACAGCCACCUCCGGUGUAUCCUCAACAAUCUCAACCAUCAAAUUUUUCACAUCCUUCUCCCCAGACCCACUCUGCCACUUAUGCACAAUCUUCACCUCAACCUCUUACAGCAGGCUAUUCCCAGUCAUCGCCGCAACCACGAAAUUAUUCUCAACCAUCACCUCAACAAAUUCAAUCAUUUCCUCAACAUUCUCCACAAGCACCACCUUCAUAUUCGCAACCUUCUCCACAAAAUGUAUCAUAUUCUCAGUCAUCACCACAGCAACCUGUUAAGUAUUCUCAACCUUCUCCCCAACAACCUGCCAAUUACUCACAUUCGAUACACUCACCUCAAACUCCACAAAACUAUUCGCAAAUGUCUCCCCAGCAAGCGCCACCAGGUAAUUACUCUCAACCUUCACCAUCGCCUCAACAGUCUCGUAAUUAUUCGCAGCCAUCUCCGUCACCACAACAAUCUCGUACCUAUUCCCAGCCUUCACCAUCUUCUCAACAAUCCCACAGUUAUUCUCAGCCUGCACCAUCGCCUCAGCAAAACCGCACCUAUUCUCAACCGUCACCUCAACAGAAAUCCGUGUGCUCAUCACAGACGUCACAGUCUUCGCAGCAGCCUUCGAGUUACUCACAACCGUCUCCGCAACAAAGUACAAACUACAAUCUACAGCCACAACCACAGUCGAAAAACACAGAAGAAUAUCCACAGGUUGCGUCAACACCUUCGAAUUAUUCCCACGCGUACAAGCAAAACCAUUCUUAUAUUCAGUCUCCGGCAUCAUCAACGAUAAAUGACGCAGAACAUCGGACAGAUUAUUUGAAACCUAGUAACACAGAGAAACCUCCGAGUGCAGAACAACAGAGGAAUUUUACUGUACCAUCGGAGGCAACUUCGUUGAAUCUAAAUACGAAUCAUCAAAUCUAUCAAUCACCGAAUCAAUAUUCAUCAACAUUUGGGAAUAAUUAUAACAUCGAUCUUCAGAGAUCAGUCUCGAGACACGGCGGUCAGGAACAAUCGCAGCAACAACAGCAAUCAUCUCAAGAGCGUCCUAGCUUUACCGAUCUCAGCAAUUCUCUAAACGCUCAGAAGUACACUCAGCAACGAGCAUUUCUUGGUAAAGCUUCUAGUACUAGUGAGCAACUCUCUACACAAGAUCAAUCUCAAAUCUUAGCAUUCCAGCAAAAUUUAACAGCACAUGAAUCUCUUUAUCCUAGUGGUUUCCAAUCAUCCGGUUAUCCGAUGCCAAAUUCCAGACCUGUAUAUCCCAGUCCGCAUUAUUUUGAUGCCAGUACAAAGGCUGCAACUAAUAGCGGAACAACAAAUAGUUCAACCAGUAAUUUGCCUCCGGUAAAGAAACGGAUUUACAAUGAAUCAUCGACAGAGGCGUCUCGUAGUUUGACACAGGAAACUACGGCAAGAACGGGCCAAGAGCAAUUUGGUUUCGAUCCUAUAAUGGCGUUACCUCAACCGGAAGCAGUUUCAGCUAGUCAAUUCGAUACUGCAUUCGUUGGAAACUUGGCUGACUCCGUGACAACAAAUCCAGCGUAUGCUCGUCUAGGUCUAGGUUUAGUAGGUCGUACGGGUAAGGAGCAACAAUUGUUGACCAUCCCCCGACCACCACCAACGAAACCGGAGCAUUUGACGUACGCACGUAGUCCAGCUCCUGGUGCCGCGGAACUAGAUUUGAAUUUACUUCAAAGUUUACAGACAGCAGCCGCGAAGAAUACACAAGGUAUCCUGUCGAUGUCAUCUCGUAGAGGGGGGGAGGUGUCUACUAGUUCAACGUCCACGCCUGUAAAAACAAAGAAGAGCAGAAAGAGUAAACAGCAACAACAGGAGCAACAAAACGUGGCGAGCGUUUCAUCAACAGUUAGCACAGAACCACAAUCUGGUACAGGCAUACCUGGUUUCCCACAAUACACGGGAACGUCUCCGGAUUCGAUCGGUCUGAAGAAUACCAGUAUGGUCUCACCAGCUGGGAGUGCCUUCAACUUUGCUGCUUCAACUAGCACCACGACUAGUUCUCCUUUCUAUGAUAAAGACGCAACUGCUGCUGCGGCAGCAUUUGCCUUUUUGGACGAAUUUCGAAAUCCAAAUAGCUAUUAUAGUAUGGCGCUCAGACAGCAGCAGCAACAACAACAACAACAAGUUCCACCGGUCACGGACGCUACACAACAAGCCUGUAACAAGCUUAAUAAUCAACCUCCGAGGAACUAUCCUCCUCAUCCUUUCCUCCAUUCUGCUCAAAGAUCAGCAGCUUAUGGACCUCCAGUGCCGGCUUAUGUCACGCCACACGGCCCAAAUUUAACAAUGGACCCGACCGCUUAUCAGCAGUACAUUCAUUCCCUGUAUGCACUUCAAUCUCCGCCUCAUCAUCAUCGACCGUCCUGGCUUUAG